AUGGCUGUGGGUGAGACUCUCACUUGGGAUGCUGCUAUUCUCAGAGGUGGCUCUGGACUGUUGGACUCCCAGAUACUUUGGGGAGCUUCUCAUCAGAGGCUCGGGUUCAGAGGUGGAUCUCAGAUUCACAGGACUCGUGGAAGGGAAGAUGAAGAAGUCCCAACGAGGCACAGCGACUAUGCUGCUGCCCAUCGCUCUCUGCCUCAAGGGUUUCAACCCUCCCAAUUAUUCUUCUUCUCUCCAUCAGGCCUGGUCCCUGUGAGUUUCGGAGCGGCAAUUUCAUGUGCUUCCAUCUACAAGAGUUUCGCUCAGUGUUUACUUACACUUGGAGACAGUUUGGUGGAAACACAAAAAGACCAAAACACACAGGACAUCGAUGCAAUCUGCAGGUCCUGGAAUGCGUUCCAUGUGUGUGCCAACUCAGCUCUGGCCGGUUGCCCGGGAGACGCAGCAGCCGUCUGGGAGUCUCUAAGACAAGAGUCCAGGAAGACGCAGUUCUCCGGAAACCUCUACGACAUGUGUGCUAGCCGCACCACCCUCCCACCCAGCACUGUGCCUGCAGCCCCGAGCCCCCCCACCUCCGACCAGACCAACAAGGAAACACUGAAAGGGCAAACCAACAGGAACAGCCCCCCCUUCAGCUCUCUGAUGUUCCCUGUGUGCAGCACCUUGCUACUGCUGCUCAGGAGUUAGUUAAAAGAAUACUUCACACAAGACAUGAUAAGUAGUUUAAAAAACUACUCACCCUUGGAACUUUGAAUUCUUGGAAAAAACAAUAUGUUUCUUGCAUGAAACAAAAACUGAGAAACAUUUUUGAUGAAUUGAAGUGAAUGCGGGCCAUGGUUAUGGAGUUUACAAAGCCUCAAACAACCCAUGCAGUUUAAUGAAGGUUCAUUUAUCCUGUCAUAUGCUCACUGCUUUCCAAACACAUGCAUUAUUGCUAUAAUCUCAUUAUUUCAAACACUUUGGCGUAAACAUGUUCACGCUUGUGCAGACAUGCUACUGUUACGUGCAAGUCUGAAGUGUGUUUAAUAGCCUGAUCAUUUUUGCAAAAAGUUAAGUUUUUUGGAUUCUGUAUUCACCUCGGAGAACUGUGAGAAAUACAAAGCUUUCUUCCAGAAUCCAAGGUAAAACUUGGUGAGUAAUUGAUUUUAAAACUAUCAUUUUGUUGGUGAAGUAUUCUUUUAACUUAUCUUUAAUAAGGCAGCUGGUGGUCAGCGUCCUGCUCCCCCUGUAAAACAAAAAGAGUUCAAUAACUGGAUCAAACGAAAUAUCUGGUUCAGUUUUUUGUACCUGAAAAGGUGGAGCAUUUAUUUAGGCAUUGAAUAAAUAACAAUAUGUUGAAUUUAUCACAUGCUUUGCUCUUAGACCAAAAAGCUGACAAAAGGUUUAUUUAAUUCUGACAUAAAUAUUAAAAGGAAGCAUACUUGCAACUUAAAUUAUUGAUAGUGAUUAAAUUCACAUUAUUGCUUGGUCAUAUUUUAUAGGCUGGAGUGACAAACCUUUGAUUUAGGGAAGGCAGAAGAGGACGUCCUACUCACUGAAAAUACUUAGCUGAAAGACUAAUCUCAGUUAUGUUACAUUUAUGAUAUACUAAUGGUUGUAAACCCUUUAUUUCUACCACUUCUGCAGUACAUCAGAAAUACAGCCUGAUUUUUUAGGACAAAGGAGAUUUUAAGGGACGCCAGGUGUUCAGACUGUGAUCCAAUCAGGUGUGAUCUAGAGCAGAGUAUUAUUGCAGGGUGCAAACAUUUGUUAUUGUGCAGCUUAAUUCAUCCCCCUGUCUGACCUGUUUAAUAUCAGAACAUAAUACUGUCUUUGGUGGCAUCCUUUGCAGUGUGCACAUGAUGUUGCAAAAAUAUUGUCAGUUGUUUAAACUGUAUCAUUUCCUUUGACCUGUUCAGUGGUUUUCCUUAUUUCAGGUAUGUGUUGCUUUUCUAUUCUGAACAGCUGCAUUCAGUAAGGUUGACUUCAAGACCUCUAUAUGGGGGGUGGGGGGGGGAAUAACAAAGAAAGACACACAGGACAUGACAACGGUGAUGUAAAAAGGGAGUUUAUUUCCCAAGUUUCAUCCGUAUAACAUUAACAGUUGCUGUAAUGUUAAUUAAUGCUGUUGUUUUUCUUUGAUACUGAGCUGUAAUGCAAUCACAGACUGCAAUGUAUUUACUGGUUUUCACAUUACCAAUGUAUUUAUUGUGUUCAUUUGCAUUUUUUUUCCACUGCAGUAAAGAGUGGUACAUGCCUUUUUGUUUCACUCUGAUUUCAACCCAACAAACGCUUAAAUUAAAGAUGUUCUGUAUUCUGACA